AUGAAAUUCUUAGACGAUAAUAACCUUGCGAGGAUCAAUUCUUUCCUCGACAACGUGGAUACCGGCGACUUCGUAGUCUACGGGGAUCUGGAAGCAUACUCAUGCAAACUCGCGGGACUCGACAAGAAGCUGUCGAAGAGCCUGGACACGGAGGUGCAGGUCGGCAGCUCGCCGCAGGAGCUGUCGAUGUCGCCCGUCGGGCCUUUGUCCGACUCGGCGAGCCGCAAGACCCUUAUUUACCUGAUUCUCACGUUGAACCACAUAUACCCGGAUUACGACUUCAGCCUGCUGCGGGCGCACCAUUUCAAAAAGGAGUCGGGCCUGGCAAAGGCUGAGGAGGUCAUUGAUACGCACCUGCUGGAGGUGUCAAAGAGGGGGGUGGCCGGCAGCUGUGGCAGGCAGCGGGGCGCAGGGGGCGACAGCCGGCGGAGCGGCUGCGAGCGCCUGCGCGGCCGCGCCAGCAUGGGCCCGAUGCAACGCUCGGUGUGGGAGGCGACGCCGGGCUUUGGGGACGCGCCGUUUUUGGACACCCUGUGGAGCGCGGUGGAUGAGGGUCGAGGCGGUGUGCGCGAGCCGCGCCGCGUCGCGCGGCGCGCCGGCGGCGGCUGCUGCGGCCGUGGCCGCGGCCGUGCGAUCGACCUGAAGAGUUGUGACGUGUACAGCUACAAAUCUGACAACGAGACGGACCCCUUUGCCGGCGGGCGCCCCGGCAGACGAGCGCGGCGGCGCCGCUGCACGGACGCGUUUCGCGACCCGGCGACCAACGCGCCCGAUCGAUCGGCCGCUGUGCUCCUGACGCCCCCGGCUCCUGUCGGGCCGGGCGAGCCCCGCCGCGCCCCUGGCCUGGCGCCGGCCGCCCCCGCCGCCUUGGUUGCUGGCGCGUCGCCAUGGGCCCAGCGGGCCGACAGCGAUCCGACGGCGGCGGUUGCGAUCGGGCGUCCCCGCCCCCGCUGCCCCCCGGCAGGCGAGAAGGCUGCGGUGUGGUCGUUCAACUAUUUCUUCUACAACAAGAAGUUGAAGCGGAUCCUCUACCUCAGCUGCCGGGCGGUCACCAAGGCCGCCGCGGAGGAGGGUGCUGAUGAGGAGGACAGCAAGUACUUGUACAACUCUGACGACGAGGGCGACGAGGGCGAGGCCAACGUGGAUUACGGCAUGGCCAACGAGAUGGACAUCUGA